AGAUGAGCCCGGCCACGAUCGCAGCGCUUCGGGGCAUGAUCAAGGAGGAGAUCCGAGCAGGCAAUGAGGAGAUGGAACGGGUGGUGGUGUCAAGGAUGGAGGAGGCCAUUGCCCCGUUGAAGGAGGAGCUGGAACAGGAACGUGAACAUCGCAAGAAACUCGAACAUCGUAUUGGCGCCCUGGAGGAAGUCAUCAAAACGCGACGGGGCGGAGGAGGGGGAGGAGGGGAAAAUGAACAGGUGGAGGCCGAUGUCGAUAAGUCGGUGGUCGUGGUCGGGGGAUUCGGAGAGAUGGAUGCCGACGCAGCUGAGAAGUACGUCGGGGAUGUGUUCGACGAUGUUGAAGGGGUGGAGGAGGUGUACGUCACGAACCCGGAGCCCGUUGUGGCUUUUGUCCGUUUCGUGUCGGACACGACGGCUUUGAAGUUCUUACGCAAACAGCGCAGGAACCAGAAGUUCAAGGAUGCAGGCUUGUGGGCCUCAGAAAACAGGUCGGUCGAGGAGCGGCGGCGGGUAAAGAUUUUGAGCAUAAUCAAAAAGUUCGCGAUUGAGCACGAGGACUACGACGCGAAGAACGUCGUCGUGAACUACAGGACCUUCAAAGUGCACGUGCGCAAUGGCCGGAAGUUGGUGCAUCUGGACGAUGUCCUGGACGACGCUUCCGUGAAGUGGGCCGAGGGGGAGCACUCGGCAGGAGAGACUUUGAAGGGAGCAGUUGAGGAGGUCGUGGAGGAGAUGUGUCUCUAGGGACUCUGGCAGGGUAGGCAUGGCCAAAGCAGCCACAGCCAGGACAGCCAGGACAGCCAGGACAUAGAGCACGACAUGCACGACGAAUUCAUGAAUAUACGCAUGUUCACAAAGAAUUUGCAGAGCAUCCGGGAAGAGAAUCGUUUUCUUGAUUUUUUGCAGGAGUUUGACAAGCUACAAUAUGAUGUUGCGUUCUUUUCGGAAACUUGACGCAAAGACCGACUGG